AUGAUCGGCUUUUAUACCAAGAGCAUCCCACUUGAAUUAAGAGCUUUGUGUUUGCAGCUGCAGCGACACGUUGAAAGUUUAUCGAAAAUGUGGCAUAGUGAGUUUACAACAAAUUGGCCCGGUAUGGUUCAGCAACAGAUGCUUCCAUCCAGUUACCUUGAAGACGACGACGACUCACACGUGAAAAGGCCAAUGAAUUCGUUCAUGAUCUGGGCAAAAAUUAUGAGAAGGAAGUUUGCUGAGGAGAACCCUAAACUACACAAUGCAGAGAUCAGCAAGCUGCUGGGCAAGGCGUGGAAUGAGCUGACCACGAAGGAAAAGCGGCCGUUUGUCGAGAAAGCAGAAAGGCUUCGAAUUCGUCACAUGAAAGAGCAUCCUAAUUACAGGUACACGCCAAAGAGGCGAUCGCAAGACAGACGGCCUGGUCAGCGAACAAACUCCACUUACAUGAACCCGAGCUUCAUCAGCAACAUUUCAAACGUUGUAAUGAACAGUCAGAUAUUUGGACUGCCUCCUACUCCAGAACUUAGUCCUAAAGACAGACAUUGUGCUUCCACUCCAUACAUGGACCAUGCAGGACAAUACUAUCCGACGGGAUAUGAAGAUUGGAACUACAAUACGUACAGGGAAUCGUUCGGCAAUCAUCGUGAUUACAAUGGUUAUCCUCCGACAAGAUUAGAAAGAGACCAAGGCAGACCUCAAUUUAACGGCCCUUCAACCUCUGACUAUCCUAAUCCACGAUUUAAAGGAGCCAUAUGUUUCACACAAGAUAGAGACACUUUUAGUUAUAAUGAUGAGACUAGGCCUGGCACAAGCUCAGAACAGAUGUUUCACCCAGAAAACGCAAGGAAAGACGUAACAUUUCCACCUUGCGCAUAUCAGUCCGGAAAGAUAAAAUCACCAGAGAAUUAUCAUUUUAAUGAACCUCGUUCAUCGAUUGUCAAAACUGUGGUACAUUCCGCAGGAAACGUUGGAUCUACGUUGGCCACAGGCGAACAGCAACAAUCUCAAAAAAUCGUCAGAAGAACACGCUUAAGUUCUUGUAGAUUUGCACAGCCUCAAACAGUAGAAAAUGACGACGAAGAAGAAGGUCAAGAUUAUUCUGGACGGAUGAGAGAAAACUCGGGGACAAUUCUAGAAAAUUUCACCGAACUUUUAAGCGAUGAUUUAGACAGAGAGGAAUUUAGUAUGUAUCUCGCCGAGGCGUACUGA